GGAUAGCAGGACGUACAUAGGGAUAUUCGGAUGCAGUGUAGAAUAGGUGAAAAAAUUGCGUUGUCCUUCGUGCUGCUGUGUCAAGCUCGGUGUUCAGAGAGAGGAAAGAUGCUGCGAUGAUACGUACACUCCCCUCACUGCCCAGAAAACUAGAUCGAAAAUACUGAAAGAGAGAAGGAAUUUACCCAUUAUCGUUUCCUGACUUUGCGAGAUGCUGCUGUGCUGCUGAUAAUCCGUGCGAGAUUGGUAAAAACAGCAUCGACUGGCGAGUUCCCCAAUUGAAAUCGACGUAAAGUAGCCGAGAUGCCACAACCGGACGAAACAGUGGCAAACGAUGGCAGUAACAACAGGGUAUCUAAUAUGCCGCUCCUCUUUGCGGACGGCUAUCCGACAGCGCUUAAUAAGAUCACGGAACAGCAACUGGAAAAGUUUAUUCCAUUCAUGGUGCAGUGUUCACUAGGUUACAUCCAGAUCCACUCGUUGGACGAGUUUACGGAACCGGAAUGGUGGCCAAAGGAUGUAGAGUUUACCAAGCCGUUCAGGAGGCCCAAAUCAUUCACAGGGAAUUGGAUGCACAUAAUGAGGAGAAUUGUGGUAUCCUGCUACUCGUUUCACGAAUGUAUUUACUUGCUACGGUACUGCAACGAUCUCGCGUCCUAUCAGCCAACAUCUUUGCGGUUUAUCAACAACUACAAUUCGACCACAUCCCUGUACGAGCGGAAGACAAACAAGUUACUGGUUACAUUCCGCAACGAAAACAUGCUCUACGACCAGGAGCAGAAAAUCAACAGUCGCAAGUGCCUUCUACCGAAGCAAUCCAGUUCUCAGUAUAACCAAAUGGCUCAAGAGGAAAUGGUAAUAUCGGAAGGAUUUGAUAUUUACCUAUGCGAUAAUUGUGACGCAGAAUUGUAUUCAUACGGGGCACUUGUGGAGCAUGAGCGAGUUUGUGUGACCGAACAAAGUAACCAGGUGACGGGGAACUUAAGCGACGACGAUGAUGUCAUUUUCUGUGGAGAAGUUUUCGAUCAACAGCUUCCCUUGAGUUCAUCAGGUCGCGCACGCAUCGAGCAGCAGAAAAAACAUUUCCUAGCCCAGAACUUCACAUUAGCCUGCGUUAACUCCUCAGAACCGGCUGAUAGUAUUGAGUCAUCUCCAACGAAGACGAAAGGCAACAGUGCAGAACAGGAAAGUGCUGCAGCACAUGAACAUCCUCCCGGUAAACAUAGGCGCAUAGCAAGGAGCACCCGUUACGCGAUGACACUAGGAAGAUGCCCGCUGAUUCCACUUUCCUCGCCACUGGGACAAUCGCUGAUAAAAAGUACAAAAUCCUCCUGCACACCAGAGUACGCGACUGAGCGGCUCGAACGGAUGGAUCGAUUUUGUCACGCACCGGCUCUUCCGCCCGGUAUCGGUCAGCUUCUUCGUCAAUACCGAACGGGACAAGACACCACACUGUCAGCGCAAGAUCGUCGGCUUCCAAAGUGGAUGUUCAUCAAGCCGCGAUCGGGUGGCGCGACUGUUCCUAGCACCUACAAACGUCCGGCUGACGAGCCGCUCGAACAUUACCACGACUACAAAUUCCCCCGGCGGCAGUAUUCCACCAAGCACCGAAUGGAGAAUUUUCUUUUCUACAACAAACCUCUCAUCGAAAGCUGCCGACCGUGUGCGGUACGUUUGAAAAGACUGACGCCGUCCGAAAUGAACCUGCUCAUCGAGUGGCCAGGAGUUGAAAGGCGUAAGCAGGAAGCCGAACUGGCAGAGGAACAGGAGCGACAGCGACGGGACGCGGCUGCAGCGCGGCCAAUGAUAAUCGACAGUAUCGAUCUGUGUUCUUCGGAUGAGGAGGAUGAAGAGGAGAGGAAGGAAGAGAGAGUUCAAGAUUCGCUCGUUGACGUACGAACUGAUGCCAGUACAACGCAUGAAAUUGGUCCGGAAAUACUCACAGUGCAGGAAGAUACGGCAGAUAUCGCCGAAAGCAUGGAAGUUGAUUUGGAAACGGUCGUGCUCGAAGGGGAUGAUGCCGAUUUGGUUCCGAGAAGCGACAUGCUGGUAAAGAGUCGGAGGAAUACGCCACUUAACGAACUUCGACGUUCCACCGGCGCACCAAUAGCUACGGUUCCGCCGAGCCCGUUUCACUCCACACUGCUAAGCGAGAGAGCACUGCGACUGAAUCAAUCGCUGCCAACGGCGGCCACCGGGACCGGCACGUCUCUAGGAGGGCGUCCCAUGUACCUGUACGCGAACUGUGCUCACACGACGGUCGGUGUUGGUGGAACACCGGGAGCAGCCACCAUUGCCGAUUCUAAUCGACUUCUCAAGGAAAACCGCAUUGCCGGGUGGAUGCAGAAUGGCAUCGCUCACGUCGGUGGCGAUGGGGCCCGACCGACACCGCUGCCAGUGAUGGCCCAGUCCCACACUACUAUGCUGCUGGGCACCCCGAAUGGCGCUCGCUCGUUGUACCCGAUUGGUGCAGUGCAGUCGCACGUCAGUGGUGCAUCCGUCGUUCAAACGCUUCAAACCACCUUUGCCAAUCAGACUGUACACAAGCGACAGGUGACCGUUGCAAGAACCAGUGGGCCCACGGCAACGGCCGUCAAUGGCCCUGCUGCUGCUGCCAAUCUCCAGUAGUGUUAACUGUAGUUUAAGUAAAACAUCCUUAAGCAAACGGCGCGAGGCUGAUACAAAAUGUAUAAAUUAUUAGAUAUUUGUAUUUCGCGUCCGAUCGAGUUUUGGGCUGGAAACGGGGGAAAUUUCCAGUUGGUUUCCUGUAUUCUUCGUUUGAAUGAUUUCAACGUAAUUGAUUGACCGGCUGGUACGUUAUUGUAUUCCGUUAACCUUUUCGAUGAAGGUUGAUUUUUGUAUGCAAUGAUUGUAUAGUCUACAUUAAAUCAUUUUAUUUGUCACAGUGCCAAUAAUAACGAUUUACAGUGUAGACAGCGGUGACACAAAACCACACACACGUAGCUUAUCUUACCACCCAACUCUUAUCCUGCAGAUCCCGCACAGAAGAUCACGCUCUCUUCCCAUGUCCCCUGAUUCUCGAUAGCUCUUCUAACUUGUUAUUUCUUUAAGCACUUUUCCCAAGCUUUUCUUUCUUAUUGGUUCGAUACGCACAAUGUUCCACUGAAGGCAAGAAUGUUAUUUGAAAUAGUUCCCCCUCAAAAGAGGCAGCAUGUUAUUCGCAUCGGGGCUUUUGACGAACGAAGGGGCAUGAACGUAGGCGACAUAAAUAGCAAAAAUCGAGCAGCGAUGCUAUAAAUCAUGCGGGUGUCAGAAUUAGGUUCACUUCUCAUCGUUUCUCCCCACGGCGUUCCAUUCGAACAACUUUUGGUGUAAAAUUACCUGUUCCAAAAAAAUACAACGGCGUACAAGCGUGUACUAUUAUUGAUUUACCGAA